AUGGACUCCCGCAAGAGGUCGAAAGCUGAGACUAACAAAAACUAUGAUUCCGGUGAUCGAAACAGCUCCUUCUUAACCUAUACACAUACCUGGGAUGCGAACCUUUGCCUCAAUUAUGACCGGUCGAUUCCGGUGAGCAGCUUUGUGUCCUACAUGACGAGUGAGAGGAUGACAAAUUAUAAGAAGCUGCGCCUUCAAUACGUCCACGCCGUUGCCGGCAACUACAUAAACGCCAGUUACAUUGGAUCCUGUUCUGCGGCACUCACCGGCCGUACUUACAGGGUGGAAUCCCUGGCAAAACCGGAAUUUAUUAUAACACAGGAUCCCCUGCGCGAGACUAUCGGAGACUUUUGGCAAAUGGUUUACGAGCAGCAGACACCGCUCAUCAUUAUGCUGUCUGGAUGCGCUGCUGGUGGCAAUGAAGGCAGCAUUGACUACUGGCCAACUAACGUUCAGGAGGUUUGGGUCUUUGGUUCACAACAAACGGAGGUCAGUGUCCAGCUUAUGAGUGAACGUGCGGACCACGACUGGCUUGAGAAUAACUUCCGCGUUUGGUUGAAAGGCAAAGAAAAUAUGCCUUUGACUGUGCGUCAACUGCAGUUUCUGAAUUGGCCAAUGGGAGGCCACCCCAAUGAACUGCAACUGGUCAAGUUCAUUGAAGAAUGUUACAAUCCCAAAGUACUGGUUGCCAAGAAUGCCGGACCGAGGGUCAUCCACUGCCGGUGA